GAAAGUUAAAUCGCUUUUUUGCUACACGCCAAUCUUUCGUUCAUCGCCAUCUCCCUCCCUCUUAUCCAGUUCAUAGAUUUUUGUUUUCUCUUCUUAUUCCGCCAUCAUGUCUGACGAUGAGCAACACAACCAGCAGUUCGAGCAGGCUAGCGCAGGUGCCUCGCUCACUUUCCCUAUGCAAUGUUCUGCGCUCCGCAAAAACGGCCACGUUGUCAUAAAAGGUCGUCCCUGCAAGAUCGUUGAGAUGUCCACCUCCAAGACCGGAAAACACGGUCACGCGAAGGUCCAUCUCGUCGGUGUCGACAUCUUCACUGACAAAAAGAUGGAAGAUAUCUCCCCUUCCACCCACAACAUGGACGUCCCCAAUGUGAACCGUACUGAGUACCAGCUCCUCGGUACCGAUGACGGCUUCCUCAAUCUAAUGAACACUGACGGAGGUACUAAGGAUGAUGUCAAGCUUCCCGAUGGGAAGCUCGGUGAAGAAAUCUUGGCUGGCUACGAAGUUGCAGACACCGUCAUGGUCACGGUCACUGCCGCGAUGGGCGAGGAGCAGGUCACAUCUUUCAAGGUCUCCAAUCAGUAAACGUCUUUCGCUUCUGAUUGUCGUACACGUCCUGUCAUUUUUCUGUCACGUCAGCUAUUCUUACUUUCAGUCGAUAUCUGCGCAUGUACUUUCAUCAAGGCAUUGUACUGAAUGUACAUCAGUAUGACUAGGUUCCGGUGUUGAAAUAAAGAAUUAUGUAUUUCAUGUUGUAGACAGGUCACAGGAGGCAUUUAUGGAGGAGAUCGUGGUCUCCCAUUUAUUCCGAUCAUAUGCCCACUUCUGAGUUGUCGCAGUGAACGCCCGAACCACCUCCGGAUAAGAGUUAGUACCCCUACGUACUUCCCCAGCAUGUUGGAAAGCGCUUCGGUGGAAGCGGUUGUCCUGCUAGCAGAAUAACCGCGAUAAUUC